GUCAGCCACGUCGAUGACAACAGCACUUGCUUCAGCACAAGCAUCUACAUUUGUGCUGCCGUUGGUGCUGCCGUUGGUUCUCUCCUCCUGAUCACCAACCUACUCUGACUGUAGCUUCGCUUUUUCGCAACGCAAUCAGGCUGCUGCACCUACGAGCUCCGCACACGCUGUCGAGCAGUGUCGCACAGCAAGUUUUCGCAUGCCAUCGGCUUGCUCUCUAUCUCCUCAGGCCUACAGCUCGAUCAGCUUUAGGAGGGCAAGUCGGGAGGACAGUAAACAUGCUAGAAAACGAGCGCAAGUUCAACAUGCCCAAGUCUACCGGAUCAUCUCGCUCGGCCAUGACCCGCUCGGCCGCGUCGCGGAUCCAGAGCGCCACCGCCCGCGCCAACGGCGGAUCUGUGUCCAAGGGCAGCUUUGCCGCCCGCGCCCAGAGCGCUGCCGCCAGCAACAGCAGCGCAUCGACCACCUCCAAGUAGUAACCCCUCCGAUACUCUCGUCUUCGCUUCCUUGCCGGCCGAGUAAACCCCUG